AUGGCCUCCCUUCUCCCAGUCCUCGCCGUCGCGGCGCUCAUCCUCCCCACAAACGCACUCUACUUCUACAUGGAUAGCACGCAACCCAAGUGCUUCUUCGAGGAACUCCCCAAAGACACACUCGUAGUCGGCCACUACACCGCCGAACAAUGGGACUCCCACACCCGGACCUACCGCCCCUCCCCCGACCUCCGCAUCCACAUCACCGUCGAAGAAGUCUUCGACAACGACCACCGCGUCGUCUCACAGACGGGCGACUCCAAGGGCCGCUUCACGUUCAGCGCGGCGGACAGCGGGGACCACCGGCUGUGCUUCACGCCCGUGGGCGCGACAGUGGGGGGCGGAUGGCUUAGCAGCGGGGAACCGAGGGAGGGUGGCAUCAAGUUUAAUCUGGAUCUGGUGAUCGGGGAGACGAGCAAGAUUGAAAGUACGGAUAAGGGCAAGAUUGCGGAUAUCGUGCAGAAGGUGCGGGAUUUGAAUCUUAGGCUGCAGGAUAUUAGGAGGGAGCAGGUGUUUCAGAGGGAGCGCGAAGCCGAGUUCAGAGAUCAAUCCGAGUCGACCAACGCGCGAGUUGUGCGCUGGACGCUGGUGCAGCUGGCCGUGCUGGGGGUCACUUGUGCUUGGCAGCUGUCGCAUUUGCGGGCUUUUUUCAUCAAGCAGAAGUUGACGUAG